CUCUCCCCCUCGACGUGUCGACGCGCCGCUGCCACGCGCGCCGAUGUUGCCGUGCAGUCGUUCCAAUGGAGACGUUCGCUGUGGUCGCCCUGUCCCUGUUCCUCGGGGCGCUCAUUCUCCUCAUCUCGGUGGUGGUGAGCGGGUCGCGAAAGACCCUGCCGCAGGAGAGCGGCGGUGGCAACAGCAGCAGCGACGAAGACGGUAAAGUCAGUAAUGGUGUGAGCGAUCGAAAUGUAGCAUCAAAGAAGCAAAAGUUGUUACGUUCACGCAAAGAAAAGUUGCAGCAACACGUGUUUACCCACCCUUUGCUGGCCACUUCACUGAAGGGCCACAGCGCGAAUAUCAGCUGUCUAGAUUUUAGUAGCAAUGGAAAGUACCUGGCCUCCUGUGCUGAUGACCGUACAGUUCGAAUUUGGAGCACAAAAGAUUUUCUUGAACGUGAUCAUCGUUGUAUGCGAGCUAAUGUUGAACUUGAUCAUGCUACACAUGUAUGCUUCAGCCCUGAUUCUAGAGCCUUCAUCACAUGGCUAGCAAAUGAAGAAACAAUCCGUGUUUUUAAAAUGACUAAAAGGGAUGAUGGUUCGUUCACAUUCACUGCUGCACCAGAAGAUUUCCCAAAGAGGCACAAAGCUCCCAUUAUCAAUAUUGGAAUUGCCGAAACAGGAAAGUUCAUUAUGUCUGCCUCCAAUGAUACUACCAUCCUAAUCUGGGAUCUAAAAGGAGAGGUCCUUACUACAAUUAACACUAACCAAAUGAAUAAUGCCUAUGCCACCGUGUCUCCUUGUGGAAGGUUUGUGGCUUCCUGUGGUUUUACACCAGAUGUGAAGGUUUGGGAAGUUUGUUUUAGCAAAUCAGGAGAAUUCCGAGAGGUCGUGAGAGCCUUUGAUCUAAAAGGGCAUUCGGCUGGGAUUUACUCAUUUAGUUUCUCCAAUGACUCCAGAAGAAUGGCAACAGUUUCAAAAGAUGGCACCUGGAAGCUGUGGGACACCGAUGUUCAGUACAAACAGCAGCAAGACCCAUACUUGUUGUUAACUAUGAAGUGCGAUGUUUCUGAUUCUUGCCGAAUCGCUCUUUCUCCUGAUGCCAGGGUGGUAGCUAUUUCCAAUGGCUUCAACAUCACAAUGCACAACACCAAGACGGGCAGGCAGGAGGAAGAAUUCCUAAAUGUGCACGGCGAGGACAUUGUUGGCUUGGCUUUUGACAUCAACAGUAGGUUCUUAAUUUCCAGUGGCGAUCGUGCUAUUCGGGUAUUCCACAAUGUGGUGGGUUACCGUGCAGUUAUUGAAGAAAUGGAAGGCAGACUAAAGAAAGCAACAACAGAAGCAAUGCGCGAGAGGUUGCAGCAGCAGAUCGAUGAUGCGAAGAAUGCAUUAGAUGUAAUUUGUACAAAAAAUCAAUAACUGCAACAAACCAGGUUGCCUUCCAUUUCCUGUGAUUUUGGGGUCUCUCGACUGAUGAAUGUCUAUGACUUCACUUUAUGAUAUCUUGUACCAUGUGGGUACCGUAGCCCAUGCCAUUAUAUUCCACCUGUGUAAGGGAACCUCAAGAACGACUGGAAUUGAUGCCCAGGACUGAAUUUCAAUCUGUUUUGGCUGGAGCGGAAUGUCUAUAAAUGAGAAUAUAUACAUUUUCAAACUUUGUACUUGGUCUUUUAUUGUUUUGUUCCACAGCAGCAAUGCGUAUUACUAAAGUGUUGAGUAUAGAAACUGGCAAUGUUUUGUGGAAUUUUGAACAAUUGUUUACAGAGUUUAAUUUUGUAUUGAAGUGAUGAAUAUUCAAAAUGUAGAACCAUGCAGAAACCAUCAACAAUUUUUGUAUAAAUCCAAAAGCAAAAUGGCACAGAGACGUGCAUAAAAUAAAAUGAUCAAAUACUCAACUACUCCACUGGUCAGGCUAAAAUUUAACAAGCCCGAUUAGUUGAGCAUUUAGGUUUGGGACCUUAUUGCCUGGAUAUAUAUCUAUGGUUUAUAUUGCUAAAGGUGCCAUAUAGCAUCUUUUUAUAUAAUAGCAAUCAAGAUAUUUCACUCGCCUCCUAAAAUGUUGUUCCAUUUAUUUGGGUUUAUGAUACCCCUUUAUUCCUUCUGUUUGUGGCUUAACAUUUUAAAACUUUGUUUUCAGCCCAGCACUUAAGUUCAUAUUUGUGUUCCAUGAAACAAUUAAUUUUGGUUAUUAGAAGUAUCAGUCAUCAAAGAAGGAGCAACGUUCGGUGAGUGUAACUAAAUCAAAAUAGCAAAGUCACAGAAUUUUCCGUUGGUAAUAAGGUACAGCUUUUCAGUUAUUUACUUUGAUUUUAAGAGGGACCCUGCUACUUGGACAUAGCGAUAAAAGGACAAUCUUAACUCUAAGUAAUAAAUUUCAAACUUUACGCUGCCACUUUGUUUAAACUUGCACAGCAGUUACAGCAAGCUCCCUUUGAAACAUGCCAGGGAUGGAUUUCGCACCAAAUGUGAUCCUUUAGACUCAGUUUUCUUGCCAGGAACAUGAUUGCGAUUGUAAAUUCAGAAAGUGAAUACAUUCCAUAAGAAUCUCCCUUUCUUUCAUGUGAUCACACAUACCGUUGGCUAGGUCAGCCAUUUGCUGUAUUUCUAUCCACGUUUCUACUCCCCUUUCCCCCACUUUUCUUAUUCCACUGACCAGCACCUCCUACAAUAACCUCUACAAGCAAGUGGAAUUGGUCUGCAGUCAGUAUACAUGUCUUGUAAGCUACAUGUGUUGUAAGCUAUAUGCAACAUUUGAAGCAUCAACGAUGAAAGAGUAAUAAAUUCUAAGUAGGCUUGUGAUUUUUUUUUUUAAUUUUAGCUUGGUUAAAACAAAUAAAUUAAGCCCUAUUUAUAUUCACUGAAAUAUUUUGAAGUGUAAUCAUUAGCAACCAAUUUGUACACAGAAAGCUCCUGGAAACAGUAAUGUGAGAAUUUCAAGAUUAUUUGCUUUGGUGAUGUUAAUUGUAGGAUAAAAAAUGGCUAGGUACCAAGAAUGGUAAUAGGUCUUCAGAGAAUGCCAUGGACUCUUACACUCUUACAGGAGGAGUUGAACCGAGUCUUAGGUUAAUCAUUCAAAUGAAAGAUAGCAAUUCCAAUAAUACAGCACAUCCUUGCUUCUACAUUACGUUUUGUGUCAAGGUCUGUGGAGUGGGUAUUGGAUGCACAGCCUUCUUCCUCAAAGAUAUGACACAGAUUAAGUCACAGUGACAUGCACGUACAAUUUAAUAAUUUGUACGUUCGUAUCACUUUUCUAAAUAAUUUAACCGUGUACAUCUGUGAUCGGUUUUAUAGCUGUCGUCAUCUUUUACGUUGCCCCUUUUUGUUUAGUCCUUUUGCUGACCAGAAUUGGUGCUCAGAUUGCGUUAUAUUUGGAACUAUGGAUAGUUUCCUUUAUAAUUUUGAUGCUCUUGUAUGAUAAGUUGUAAUUGAAUAAGGCUUUAUUAUACCAGAGGCAGUGUUUCUAGUCAUGUUUCUUCCUACAGCAUUAAUUAUUAUUUGGGAUAAUAGCAGAUGGAAACGCAAAUCAUUUCGCUCAAUUCGUCCCUUUCCACCUGAACCACUCCUCUCCGGGCACUUCCCCUUGCAACCGCAAGAAAUGCUACACUAGUCGCUUUACCUCCCCCCAUGACUCCAUUCAAGGACCCAAGCAGUCUUUCCAGGUGCGGCAGAGGUUCACCUUCACCUCCUCCAACCUCAUCUAUUGCAUCCGCUGCUCUAGAUGUCAGCUGCUCUACUUCGGUGAGACCAAGUGCAGGCUUGGCGAUCGCUUCGCCCAACACCUCCGCUCGGUUUGCAAUAACCAAACUGAUCUCCCGGUGGCUCAGCACUUCAACACCCCAUCCCAUUCCGAAUCCGACCUCUCUGUCCUGGGCCUCCUCCAUGGCCAGAGUGAGGACCACCAUAAAUUGGAGGAGCAGCACCUCAUAUCUUCUCUACUCUCCCUCAGCCCACUGGGUCCUCCUCUUCCUUUCAUCUUCCCCCCACCCUCACAUCACUGAAGAAGGGUUUCGACCCGAAACGUUGCCUAUUUCCUUCGCUUCAUAGAUGCUGCCUCACCCGCUGAGUUUCUCCGGCAUUUUUGUCUGCCUUAAAUAACAAAGCCAUUUCCAAGUGACAGCUGUGAUCAACUGUGUUUUAGUUAAUGAGCAUAUGAUGCCUCCGUCUUCAGCCUUCUGAUCGGUCAGAGACUGAACAGCAUGGAAUGUAGUAGGGGCCAGAAGACAUAGUGGCAGCCUGAUUUGUCAGGACAAAAAUAGGUAUUUUGUCCAGUAGACAGGUUUACAGAAUUGUUAUUUUGUCAUUGCAGCCAGUUGUAACUAGAUCUGCAGCAACAAUGCACAGAUCCCAUUGACUUAGAUACAGGGUUUGAUCGCACCCUUUGUCCAGACAUGUGGCCCAUGUGUCAGUCCACCUGCUCUUCCUUCCUGCUGCAGAACCCUUAAGAUGGGUCAGACUGGGGCUGCUCCACUCUGCAGCCUUUCUGUGAAGGGAAGCAGGGCUGCAAGUCACGACCAGGCUUUGGUCAGGAGAAUGUAGCACUGUCCUGGUGAGUUUUGGUAGCAAGCUGCUGUCAGGCAUUUUCACAGUUUUUAAAUGUUGCAGAUAUUCAGAGAAAUUUAAGAACUGUUUAAGUGGAUUUAAAUAAUUUAAAGAAAAUUAAAAUAAGUAAACUUUGUUUUAAUUUACUGUUUAAUGUAUUUUAACUGUUAAAUAAAGAAAAAUGAACAAA